AUGUCCAAGGAUGCACUUCGGUGGGCCGCCAGGGGCAUUGACGCCCGAUUAAAGGCUGACAGGAUGCAAACAAUGUGUCAUGGCGACCCAAAAGGCGCGAACAUCAUGUGGGAUGAUGAGGCAGGAGUCUCCUUCUAUGACUUCCAGUGGUUUGGCAAAGCUCCGCCCACAAAGGACCUGGCCUAUUUCUUUGGUGUGGCUGCUGGUGGCCUUUCUUCAGAGGAGUCAGAGAGGGAACUGCUUCGCUACUACCAUGGAGAGCUUUCCAAGCUGUUAGUAGCCCGGAUGCAUUGUGUGGAGUUAGGAUGUAGGGCGCAGAGAGUAGAGUCAAAAUUCAAACGGAUGCUCAGCCCUAAACCCUAA